GCCUGCGCCCCAGCCGGAGCCGCGGCCACCCCGACUCCCGAGCCCGCGCGGAUGUGAGAUUCCCGACUCCUGGCGCCUCCUGAUCGCCGACUGCGGCGCGGCGCGGCUUCGCCCAGGAGGAGGCGGCCGGGCUGGCCGUGUGGCUUGUGGAUUUUUUUUUUUUUAAAUUUGGCUCCGAGGAGGACCAUUUCCUCUGGACAUGCAUCCCUCCGGGUAGACUGCACAUCCCUGGGUUCAUCCCCCGCCCUGCGCGGUCAGAGGCAGGCGCUGGGUGUGCGAAGAGGAUCCGGGUGGAAAUCUGCGCCCCCGUUCUGGUCCCCGCCCCGUCUCACCGCCCCUUCCCCCUCCUGGAGUCGAAAUUUCCCGGGGAUUAUGUUUCGGAAAGGAACCCGGCGAGGAAAUACAUGCGCUGGCUGAGAAUCGCCCGCGCCAGGGCGCAACGCUACAAGGUGUAGGGAGAGUGUGGGGUGGGGCGAGAGGGGACCCAAGAGUCCCGUGCUCGGAGCGCCGCGGCGUCGGUUCUUCGUUCCUGCCCUCGGGGCGGACGGAGUGACCCCGGCCCCCACUCCCCGCCCCGACCAUGGUAGUGUUCAAUGGCCUUCUUAAGAUCAAAAUCUGCGAGGCCGUGAGCUUGAAGCCCACAGCCUGGUCGCUGCGCCAUGCGGUGGGACCCCGGCCGCAGACUUUCCUUCUCGACCCCUACAUCGCUCUCAACGUGGACGACUCGCGCAUCGGCCAAACGGCCACCAAGCAGAAGACCAACAGCCCGGCCUGGCACGACGAGUUCGUCACCGAUGUGUGCAACGGACGCAAGAUUGAGUUGGCUGUCUUCCACGAUGCCCCCAUCGGCUACGAUGACUUCGUGGCCAACUGCACCAUCCAGUUUGAGGAGCUGCUGCAGAACGGGAGCCGUCACUUCGAGGACUGGAUUGAUCUGGAGCCAGAAGGAAGAGUGUAUGUGAUCAUUGAUCUCUCGGGGUCGUCGGGUGAAGCCCCUAAAGACAAUGAAGAACGUGUGUUUCGGGAGCGCAUGCGGCCCAGGAAGCGGCAGGGGGCUGUCAGGCGCAGGGUCCACCAGGUCAACGGCCACAAGUUCAUGGCUACCUACCUUCGGCAGCCCACCUACUGUUCCCACUGCCGAGAUUUUAUCUGGGGUGUCAUAGGAAAGCAAGGAUACCAGUGUCAAGUCUGCACUUGCGUGGUCCACAAGCGAUGCCAUGAGCUCAUAAUUACGAAGUGUGCUGGAUUAAAGAAACAGGAAACUCCCGACGAGGGUCUCAUUGAUCCCACAAUCCUGUCACCUAAUGACAACUCUUCAAGGCCAAAAUGUGAGGUGCAGAUUGACUGCUGUGUGCCAUGGGAUUUGGAGGUGGGCUCCCAGCGGUUCAGUGUCAACAUGCCUCACAAGUUCGGGAUCCACAACUACAAGGUCCCCACCUUCUGUGACCACUGUGGCUCCUUGCUCUGGGGCCUCUUGCGGCAGGGUCUGCAGUGCAAAGUCUGCAAGAUGAACGUUCACCGGCGCUGUGAGACCAACGUGGCUCCCAACUGUGGCGUGGAUGCCAGGGGUAUCGCUAAAGUGUUGGCUGACCUGGGUGUUACUCCAGACAAGAUCACCAAUAGUGGCCAGAGGAGGAAAAAGCUCAUUGCUGGUGCUGAGUCCCCACAGCCUGCUUCUGGAAGCUCACCGUCUGAGGAAGAUCGAUCCAAGUCGGCCCCCACCUCUCCCUGUGACCAGGAAAUAAAAGAGCUUGAAAACAACAUCCGGAAGGCCUUGUCAUUUGACAAUCGAGGGGAGGAGCACAGGGCAGCCUCGUCCACCGAUGGUCAGCUGGCGAGCCUGGGUGAAAAUGGUGAAAUCCGGCAAGGCCAGGCCAAGCGCUUGGGCCUGGAUGAGUUCAACUUCAUCAAGGUGUUGGGCAAAGGCAGCUUCGGCAAGGUCAUGUUGGCGGAGCUCAAAGGCAAAGAUGAAGUCUAUGCUGUGAAGGUCCUAAAGAAGGAUGUCAUCCUUCAGGAUGAUGAUGUAGACUGCACAAUGACAGAGAAGCGGAUUUUGGCUCUGGCUCGAAAACAUCCAUACCUAACCCAACUCUAUUGCUGCUUCCAGACCAAGGACCGCCUCUUUUUUGUCAUGGAGUAUGUGAAUGGUGGGGACCUCAUGUUCCAGAUUCAGCGCUCCCGAAAAUUCGAUGAGCCUCGUUCUCGGUUCUACGCUGCAGAGGUUACAUCAGCUCUCAUGUUCCUCCACCAACAUGGAGUCAUCUACAGGGAUUUGAAACUGGACAACAUCCUUCUGGAUGCAGAAGGUCACUGCAAGCUGGCUGACUUCGGGAUGUGUAAGGAAGGGAUUCUGAACGGUGUCACAACCACCACUUUCUGCGGGACACCCGACUACAUCGCUCCCGAGAUCCUGCAGGAGUUGGAGUAUGGCCCCUCAGUGGACUGGUGGGCCCUGGGGGUACUGAUGUACGAGAUGAUGGCGGGGCAGCCCCCCUUCGAGGCGGACAACGAGGACGAUCUGUUUGAGUCCAUCCUCCACGACGACGUGCUCUACCCAGUCUGGCUCAGCAAGGAGGCGGUCAGCAUCCUGAAAGCUUUCAUGACCAAGAACCCCCACAAGCGCCUGGGCUGCGUGGCGGCGCAAAACGGUGAGGACGCCAUCAAGCAGCACCCGUUCUUCAAGGAGAUUGACUGGCUGCUGCUGGAGCAGAAGAAGAUCAAGCCGCCCUUCAAACCUCGCAUUAAAACCAAAAGAGAUGUCAAUAAUUUUGACCAAGACUUUACCCGGGAAGAGCCAGUACUCACACUUGUGGAUGAAGCGAUUGUGAAGCAGAUCAACCAGGAGGAAUUCAAAGGCUUCUCCUACUUUGGUGAAGACCUGAUGCCCUGAGCAGCCGCUCCCGGUGAAGUUUGGUGAUGCUGCAAGCAGGGGCACUGGGAAGAUUCCUAUUUUCCCAUCAGAUGGUCUUGAACUACUUCUCCCCGGAGCCCCAGUCCCUUGUCCACCCUCUAUUUAUUGCAUUCCCUCACCCCGGGGCCAGUUCCUCCCCUCUUCCACCUGAUGACCAGAGGCACUCUUGGUUCUCGUCUCACCAGUACUGCAGAAUUGUGCAGGGUCAGCAGUUCACUGGACCCUCUGCUGAGUUUGGUCUGUUGGCAAGCCUGGCUUUGCUCCGCGGGGGCUUCUGGUAAGGAAGGAACUUCAGGUCUUUUACUGCAAAGGAAAGAAGGAAGAAAAAAAGCAAGCAAGACUCUGGCUCUGUUUUUGAACAUAGAGUCCUGACAAUUCUUGCUUCUCCUCACUCCAGUCCCCCACCCACCACCUGCCACCCUCUGCCAUUCUGUCCAGAAGAGAAGAAGAGACUGGUGCUUCUUCAGCCCAAGGGUGAGCGCCCUCAAGGUGUGCCCAGGAAGGAGAGAGGCUGGAAGACACCCUGAUCGGCUCCCUGUGUUGGUUUGCUCUGGAAUGGCUCAUUGUCAUUUGCUUUGGUUUUAGAUUUGGGGCAUGCCAAAGUUGUAUAAGCAUGUAUCUUGUGGAAGAAAUUGCUCUCCUUAGAAAAAGAAAUUUGAUUUGAACUCUAUUAACAUUUCAAAAAUAGAUUAUCAAAUUUGCUUUCUAAUUGGCCAAAAGAAAUAAAUUCCAGUGUUAAUACAGGUAGAUAUUAAAGGGCUAAUAUACAAUGAGAAAAUCAUCAUCCAUGGUGUAUGCUCUUAAUGCUUGUGUGGCACCUGGGGGCUCUGAAUUGAGAGAAAAGAAAACUAGUACAGCUCUUUGUUGUUCAAGUUCUGCCUGAACUCCAUGGCUACCCCGCAGAGUGGUCAAGACCCUGGGUUCUAGCAAAACUCAGAUUCUCCAGUUUCAUCCUGAAUCCCCAGCAUCAACUCUAUUUAUUUUCUGCAGCAGUGUGUGAUUUUUGCGCACUUCUACCAAAUGAUAGUACUACUGUGUUGUGGUUUUUAAACAUUAAACCUGUAAAGUUAAAUAUAAAAUAUCUGCUUUUGGAACAAGCAGCAUGAGGCUAAACAUGGGUUAUGUAGAGGGUAUCAGGAGAUGGAAGAGCGACUUAUUGGAACACUGACAGGGUGGCAAGAUGUUCUCAGAGUGUUGUUUCUGUGUGACAUGCAAGGGCAACUCAUGUGGACGCUAUUUAAUGGAUGUGAUGUUACCUCCUGUAGAUAUGCUACCAGUGUUACAUUCUUUGAUUUCCAAGGAUUCUCUGUGGCUUUGUGUGUUAUGUUUCCCGGAGGUCGUUGGAUUAUCUAUUUCACUGAACUGACUUAGCAGGGAAUGGAAUCCAUUCCAACGAUUGCACGUGGAUUUCCCAGCUGCCCCUAAAUAUAUAUACUUGUGAGUGGCAAAGUGGCACUAAUGAAGCUUUUUGCCUUUUGUACAUUUGAGAUUUUUGUAUAUAGUGUUUGCUGCAAGGCCUGUGGAAUUAAUUCAUUGAAUUUAGAGGUAUCAACUGCUGCAUGUUCAGGCAUAUUAUAAACUUUAGUCUAUGAAAGAAUAAUUAUAAUAAUGUCCAGGUGCAAUACUCUGUAAGCGUAUUGGUUCAAGUUACCGAGAGAUAAGGUGUGUUUCCUUUUUUCUUUCUUUUUCUGGGAGGUGGGGGGCGGGAGAAGGGGUAUUCUUCGUAUUGUUUAUUUCAUUUUGGUUUAUUUUAAAAGAUGUAAACAUGUAUUAAGCUAUAUUAAAUCUCACAUAUAGUUCUCCUUUGCUCUAUUAUGCCCUGAUAGAGAUGGGGAAGAGAAAGGAAUGUUCUGGAUGGUUGUUUCAAAGUUUGGACAGUGACUAGCUCAAGCCCAUACAGAGCUGGUGCCCAUAUUUGCAUCUGGCUAGUUGUGGCCUUGGUUAUUAGUGAUGACAUUCACUUCUCUUUUGUUCUGAUUUUUGAAAAAACUCAGGUGUAAUUAUUAUCUGUUCUUGUUAUAAUUUCAAAUAUUAUGCUAUAUCAAUUUGUGUGUUCAGCAUACCAGUGAAGAGAUGAAGAACAGUAGAUUAAUUUAAUUUAUCUUCGGUAACUUGACAUAGUAGGGGGAGACUAUCUUCCGGAGUUGAGGACAAGCACAGAAACAUCUUCAUGGUGGCGUCAUCUCAUUUUUUAGGAAAACAUGACAAUACUGCCCAUCUUACUCCUGAAUCACUACUGCUUUCUGUUUUCUUCUCUGCUUCCUUCACCCUGAUGAUUGAAUGACCAAGCAAGCUCUUAAACUGUCAUGCCAAAUGACCUUGUCCAAAGUAUUCCCAUGUCCCCAGGGGUUGGGCCCUUCCUACAGGACAACUGGCAUUUUUGUUGGAAGACAAAUAAUAAUUCAUUCUACCCAGCAGCUCCAAGCAGUCACUCAAGCAGGUUGCCUGGCUCAGAGAUGCCCCCUUCCAGCCCCCAGAGCUGGGCUGACUGGGAUGCCUCCUGCUUGAAAGCUGGUCAAGUUCUCACACAGGCAGAUUCAAAUCCUAUGUAGUCUGUAGAAUAGAGCUUGUAUGUUCCUUGAAUAAUCAUUGUUUCAUUUCGGUUUUCACAUGAGUUUGGAAGCAGACACACUAUUACAUUUCUGCUAAUUCUUUCUAAUCUUUCCAACUAGCUUGCUCACUCUUUUUUUUUUUUUUUUUUGAGACAAAAAAGGAGGGAGUGUAAAAAAAUGCCAAAAAAAUAUAUGAAGGAUAG